UACAAAUCUACGUGUGAUCCGUCGUCGGUGCUUAACGUCAAGUCGUUCGAUAACACCUGAUUGUGACUUAUUGCUGUUGACAUGUCCCCACUUUAUGUAUAAAAGAUGACGAGUUUUGAAGAAAAGGAGGCCAAUAUCCUCUACGAAUUACUUGUACAUGCAGAAUGGCCGUUGGAGCAAGAAGUUAUUGGAGGUGGCGCUAUCAGCCUUGGAGGGAACUUCUUUUACCGGACCAUAACUCAGACACCAGCUAACAUAUGGGCAUUGGCAUCAUCACUAUGGGCUUAUAUCAGGUCCUCACCAGCAGUGCCACCAGACUUAGCUAAACUUGUUGGUGGCGGAUCUGGAUGGCAGCUUGGAGUUGGAGCUCAAGGAGCAGUUGUUGUCAUAGUCCAGGCAUCAUCUUUGGAGAUCCGAGCAAAGAAAGAUGACUUUGCUUCCGUAGUUGGAAAGAAUGUAAACUUGUAUGCAGAUCCAUUUCCAUCAUGGAGAAGAGUUGCUUGGUCAGCAGAUUGCUCAAUGGUUGGAGUUGCUUAUAGUUCUGGUGCUGUAGAAAUCUUCAACACACUUGGUACAAUCUAUCUUCACUAUUUAUCCCCCAAGAUUCCGUGAAGGAGUAACCCAGCUUGACACCAGCAUGCCCUUGCAGCACUUCUCUUCUGUGAUAUUAGAA